AUAUGCGGUAAAGCGUUUUUUUUUAUAAAACUUUAACAGUUUAAUCUUCAUAUUUUGUUCUUGAGCAUUAUUUUUGACAUAUUAUAUAUUCACUUUCCCCUCAAGCAACAACAACAUAUGCGCUUCUAAGGAAAACUCCGGAAAGGCGAGGUUAAAAGCUUAAUAAAUACGCCGCGCUUUAUUUCGGAACCGAUCCACAAUUCAGAUAUUCUAAAUCAUGUGGAAUAAGAUCCUAUUCCUUGUCAUAUUAGUUUGUUGGGGCGCUGAAGGACGUGUACUGGAAUUGGAUGAAAGGUUUUUAAAAGUUGAAUCUCAAGGAUUAUGGCUGGUGAUGUUCUAUGCUCCGUGGUGUGGCCAUUGCAAAAAUUUAGAGCCAACAUGGAUAGAGGUUGGAGCAGAACUUGCAAAGGGGAAUUCUGAAGUUUCUGUGGCACGCCUUGAUGCUACUAAGUAUUCCGCCAUCACAUCAAAAUACCAAGUCCGUGGUUUUCCAACAAUUAAGUUCUUCAAACAUGGUACAACAUUUGAUUAUGAUGGCCCAAGAUCAAAAGAAAAUAUUGUUUCUUUUGUCAGCCGUGCAAAGGGGCCUUCAGUUGUGGAUAUUCGUAACCAUGCUGAAUUUCUUCAAAUUAAACAGCGCUCAACAGUGUUUUUUGCUUAUGUUGGAGCUGCUGAUACAAACUUAAGAAAAAUGUUUGAUGAAACCGCAAAUUCCUUGUUCACCAGCAUUGAUUUUUACUCCAUUCGGGACGUCUCGAUACUUAAGGGCAUGAAGAUUGAAACUACACCAACUGUUGUUGUGUUUAAAGACAAAAAAUUUUACGAAAUGCCAGCAAACCCAAUGAGUUCCGAUUUUGUGCAAAUGUGGAUUCGUUCUGAACAGUUUCCAAGCUACAAUGCUUUAACUGGUAUGAGUUACCAUAGUUUGAGAGGUGCUGGUCUGCGCUUUGCUGUUGCAGCUGUGAACAAAAAUGACAAAUUUAACACGACAAUGAAGGACAUUGCUUUAAAACGAAACUACCCAUAUACAUUUUGCUGGGUGGAGGGAAAUGGGAUAGUCAACAGCAUGACAUAUGGUACAAUUUCUGUACCAAAUCUGGUGGUAUUUGACACAAAUUCCUAUGAAUACUACACUCUAUGUGAGGAAGGCGAUUGCGAAAGUAAAUUAAAUGAAAAAGAGGUUACAAAAUUCUUUAAAGAUAUCAAAGAUGGUGUAAUUGAACCAAAAGGAGGUCGUGGGUUUUGGCAACAAACUAAAAGAUUCGUAACUGAUGCAAUUGGUUCAGUUGUGGGUUUUUUCCGUGAGAGUCCAAUCAUAGCCAGUUUGGUCAUUCUGCUUCCAACAGUUGUAAUCUCGGGAUUGUGUGUUUGCCUCUGUUCAAUAACAGAUGGUCAAGAAGAUGGAGAGCAAUACACAGAUGAUGAGGAUGAGGAAGAAGAUGAUCUACCUCCAUACAACCCUGAUGACUUGGAACAGAAUACUGAAUUGGAAGAAGAGUUAUUGCAUGAAGAUCUUGCUAUUGGAGAUUCUAGUGAAGGUGUAAGACAGCGAGUCAACAUUAAGCCACAAGAAGAAACAGGAUAAAGAAGCUUUGGCAAAACUUCUGGAAUAAAAAAUGUGAUGCCAAGUUAUCCCCCGCAAGCUGAAUAAGAAUAAAUGUUGUUGUAAAUGUAUUGGGCUUGACCCAGCCCGUACUCCCCUAAUGAAAAAAGUCAUGUUUUUGUGUUCUGCUGUAUGCCCUUUGAAAACGGUAAACAACAGUGUUAUCAUUGUAGUUUAAAACCAAUGUAUUGGGCCUGCACAAAGAGAUGUUCAAUAACGUGCCCUUGUCUUCACGGUUUUCAUGCUGUACGCUCUACCUAGUGCUAGCACACACGACAUUGAUAUAAUGCACUAUUUCAUUCAAGUACACGUUUUUUGUCUGUCGUAUUGUAACCGUUGUAUUAAACGGACUUUACAUUCGUUAA